AUGGCGAUCAAUGAGGACAACUCCUUACUCGAACCAUCUGGACAGCUUCCAUCCGCUGAUAACAUCAAGCAGCUAUACGGAGAUCUUUGGGGAACUCCAGGGCCAUCCUCUAGUCAUUGUUUUUAUAACGCGCCUACUCACUCGCUUCGGGACACAUUUCCACCUGUCUCCGAGGAUGAGCCUGCCACAAUAGACGAUAUCGAAAUAGCCAAGAGAAGACUGCGUAAAGAAAAUAUACAGCAAUGGUCGAAUCUGGGAAGUCAAGGACAGGGGGUGUCCGAUUAUGCACAGGACAAAAUUGGCAAUUGUUGGCUAAGAAAUCAAAACCUUCUCAAAGCAUCUAGAUUUAUCGAUGCCAUUCGGCUACGUACAAACACAUUUGGUACUAAAGUUGUACUAGCCAGAGCCAGCAAGAGCACUGACAUCACAUGCAGAAGAUGCCAUGCCCAGCCGGAAAUUUUGGGCCACAUUUUGGGCCUGUCAAAUAAACUAUCGAUUUCCAACGAAGUGAUGGUUGAGCCUACACUAAAAGUCUCGGGUAGUCUCUAUAAGCCGGACCUCAUAGUUAACAAUGGGGAAAGGACUCUCGUGGUCGAUGUUACCAUCCGCUAUGAGAACAGGGAUUAUCUGAAACAAGCCUCCGAAGAAAAGACUAAUAAAUAUAACGCUUGCUUACAACAUCUACUAAAGAAUAACAGACAUAAGGAAGGCAAGAUUUUACCAAUCGUAGUUGGCAGCAGAGGUACAUUGCCACCUGCCACAAAACAGCACCUCAAAGACUUAGGGUUUAAAGAUAGAGAUAUGCAUAUCUCUUAUGGUGCUGCGUAG